AUGGAGGCUUUCACUCCAGCGAAUUCGUCGACCGCGGCGGCUGUCACAUUCAUCACCUUCGUGCAAGACCUCAAGAAGAAAACUAAAACAUGGGGUCCCAUGAUAGAACUUUGUGCUAAUGGAGAGAAGACCUUAGAACGAUUCAGAUACCAGUUUCCUGACGACUGGCUUUACAGCGACCAACUUAGAGGAGAGUGGAGCGCAUACAAUGAGAUAUUGAAACGGAAGAAUGAUUCCAUUCAAGAGCAGCUGGCUGGAUUGCAGCUGAAGAUUGUUGCCCAAGACAAGAUCGUCGAGAACAAGAUCAAUGACAUUCUAGUCGAAUGGGAACAGACACGACCCGUGCAGGGGAAUAUGCGCGCCGAUACCGCCAUGAAUGCUAUCAGCGUCUUUGAGAACAAAUUAACUCGCGUUCAGGAGGAGUACGACCUCGUUUGCAGGGCAAAGGAGGCGUUGGACCUGGAACUGACACGACACACGCGACUAGAGCCUGUUUUCGAGGAGUUACGCGAUCUCAAGGCGGUAUGGACAGCGUUGUCUGGCAUUUGGAGCCAAAUAUCUGAGCUCCGUGAUAUGGCAUGGGCUACGGUGCAGCCGCGCAAGUUGAGGCAGCAUAUAGACGGACUGCUGUCCUCUACGAAGGAGAUGCCCACGAGGAUGAGGCAGUAUGCUGCUUUUGAAUACGUCCAGGAUGUUUUGAGGGGACUGCUAAAGUCCAAUUCCAUCGUGUCAGAGCUGAAAUCAGAGGCGCUGAAGGACAGGCAUUGGAAGCAGUUGUUCAAGGUGCUGAGGCUCCCAGCGCAGAUUAGCCUGACUCUGAUGACACUCGGUCAUGUUUACGACUUGGACCUCAAAAAGAACGAAACGGUCAUUAAAGAGGUCAUCAUCCAGGCCCAAGGAGAGAUGGCUCUCGAAGAAUACAUCAAGCAAGUCAAAGAAAUAUGGACCAACUACACUCUUGACCUUGUCAAUUACCAGAAUAAAUGCCGCUUGAUCAGAGGAUGGGAUGAUCUUUUCAAUAAGUGCAGUGAAAACCUAAAUUCUCUGACUGCAAUGAAGUUGUCCCCAUAUUAUAAAGUCUUCGAAGAGGAGGCUGGUUCUUGGGAGGAAAAGCUCAAUCGAAUCCACGUUCUCUUCGAUGUCUGGAUCGAUGUUCAACGUCAAUGGGUUUAUCUUGAAGGCAUAUUUUCAGGCAGCGCUGAUAUCAAGCACCUUCUUCCUGUCGAGAGCGCUCGAUUCCAGAAUAUCAACUCCGAGUUUCUUACCGUGAUGAAGAAGGUCUACAAGUCACCUUUCGUCAUCGAUGUCAUGAACAUUCAAGGCAUCCAGAAAAGUUUGGAACGUCUGGCAGACCUGCUGAACAAGAUCCAGAAGGCCCUUGGAGAGUACUUGGAGCGGGAGCGUUCAUCCUUUCCCCGCUUCUACUUCGUUGGCGACGAAGAUUUACUCGAGAUUAUUGGUAACAGUAAAGAUAUUCUUCGGAUCAUGAAGCACUUGAAGAAGAUGUUUGCCGGUAUUUCUACCAUCAAGCUUGACGAGGAGUUAAGCCAGAUACAAGGGAUGGCAUCUAGGGAGGGAGAAGAGGUCAAGUUCACGGAGCCGAUUUUGUUGGCCGACUAUCCCAAGAUCAACGAUUGGCUGGCAAGGAUAGAGGCUAUGAUGAGGCUGUCACUGGCCAACCUACUCACGGAUGCCGUUAUUGAACUGCAAACGUUCUACGGCUCUGGCUCCAAGUUACUUAUGGAACCACUGAUGGCCUGGAUGGAGAAGUAUCCUGCUCAACUUGUCACGCUUGCGGUACAAGUUGCAUGGACAUCAUCUGUUGAAGAUGCCUUGGAGUCGGGGGCUGCUCCAGACGCUCCAUUGGACACUGUACACCAGGCAUUAGACCUACUUGCCGACAUCGUUUUGCAGGAAUUGAGCCCUGUCACUCGACGAAAAUGUGAACAUCUUAUCACAGAGCUGGUUCACCAGCGAGAUGUCACCCGUUCGCUUAUCCAGCAGAAUGUGCUCGACCCGAAAGGCUUCAUAUGGCUGUAUCAGAUGCGCUUUUACCUUGACAGGGCCAUCGAGAAUCCCCUAGAAAGACUUUCAAUCAAGGCUGCUGAUGCUUCUUUCCCUUACGGCUGGGAGUACCUUGGUGUUCCCGAUCGACUUGUUCAAACACCGCUUACCGAUCGCGUCUACCUCACUCUGACACAGGCGCUGGACAACCAACUUGGUGGCGCUCCAUUUGGUCCAGCUGGCACAGGUAAAACAGAGUCCGUUAAGGCGUUGGGCGUGCAGCUGGGUCGCUUCGUGCUUGUUUUUUGCUGCGACGAGACUUUCGAUUUCCAGGCAAUGGGUCGAAUUUUUGUUGGUCUGUGUCAAGUCGGCGCCUGGGGUUGCUUUGAUGAGUUCAAUCGUUUGGAGGAGCGAAUUCUUAGUGCUGUCUCGCAGCAAGUUCAGAGUAUCCAGCAAGGGUUGGCGUCUUUGGUCAAGAACCCAAAUACAGAGAUAGAACUGGUCGGGAAAAACCUCAAGAUCAACAAGAACAUCGGUAUCUUCAUCACGACGAAUCCCAACUAUGCUGGCCGUUCUCAGCUUCCCCCUAAUUUGACGAAGCUUUUCCGGCCAAUGGCAAUGACCCGGCCAGAUCGAGAGCUGAUUGCUCAAGUCAUGCUGUUUUCUCAAGGUUUCCGUACCGCGGAAUCUUUGGCAUCUAAGAUUGUGCCAUUCUUCAAUCUUUGUGAUGAGCAGCUGUCUCCGCAACCUCAUUAUGACUUUGGAUUGCGCGCACUCAAAGCAGUUCUCGCUAGUGCGGGUAUUCUCAAACGAGAACGUCUGCAAUCAGUCCGUGUAUCGGAGGACGAUUCUGAGGCGGUCGGCCUAUCGGACGCAAUCUCAGAGCAGAUCAUCUUAAUUCAAAGUGUCACAGAGACUAUAGUACCUAAGCUGGUUGCUGACGAUGUCCCUCUUCUUACCAACCUUUUGGCCGAUGUCUUCCCCGGCGUUGACUAUAUGCCUGUUGAUCUGGACGCUUUACGGGAACAGAUCCUAAAAGUGUGUUCUGAACGACGUCUUGUUGAUGGUGAUCUAUGGGUUUCCAAAAUUCUGCAACUCUAUCAAAUUCAAAAAAUUCAGCAUGGACUGAUGAUGGUGGGGCCCUCAGGUAGUGGCAAAACCAAUGCUUGGCAAGUCUUGCUCGCAGCUCUGGAGAGACUUGAUGGUAUCGAAGGAGUUUCCUAUGUCAUUGAUCCGAAAGCCAUGCAUAAGGAUACUUUAUACGGUACCUUGGAUGCGACCACCCGCGAGUGGAAUGAUGGUCUCUUUACCCACAUUCUUCGCAAGAUUGUGGACGACGUGCGUGGGGAGAGCGGCAAGAGACAUUGGAUUAUCUUUGAUGGUGAUGUAGAUCCCGAAUGGGUGGAGAAUCUGAACAGUGUACUCGAUGACAACAAGCUGCUUACGUUGCCGAAUGGAGAACGACUCAAUCUACCUCCAAACGUGAGGAUCAUGUUCGAGGUAGAGCACCUCAAGUACGCGACACUUGCUACAGUCAGCCGCUGCGGCAUGAUUUGGUUCUCGGACGAUGUCGUAGAACCUUCUAUGGUCUAUCGUCAUUACCUUACCACACUGUCGUCUGUUGCUCUUGACGCAGAUGAUGAUGAGGCUGGCGAUUUGCUUACACGACGCAGUGAGAUUCCAAAGCAGGUUGCCUCUAUUUUGGAGCGCUAUUUUGCCGAAGGAGAUCUCGUCAGUUCAGCACUCAAAUUUGCCGAAUCCAUCGAGCACAUCAUGGACUAUACGGUCACCCGCGCUCUUAACACACUCUUUUCCCUUCUCAACAAGACUGUCCGAAACAUCAUCGAGUACAACUUCCAGCACUCUGACUUCCCCUUGUCCUUGGAACGUAUAGAGCAAUACGUCACGAAGCGCUUACUCGUCAGCAUCAUCUGGGCAUUCUCUGGGGAUGCGAAGCUAGAUUUGCGUGCUGAAAUGGGUGAUUAUCUCAGAAACCAAACCGGCAUUGAUCUACCUCCUCUCGGACCUGGUAGCUCCCUCAUAGACUUCGAUGUCCAGGUGGCCAAUGGUGAAUGGGUUGCUUGGCAGUCUCGAGUUCCCGUCAUAGAAAUUGAGGCCCAUGCCGUAACCGCAUCAGACCAGGUUGUUCCCACUAUGGACACCGUUCGCCAUGAAGAAGUGCUAUAUUCCUGGCUAUCAGAGCACAAACCUCUGAUGCUUUGCGGACCUCCCGGAUCCGGAAAAACCAUGACCCUUUUCAGCGCGUUGAGAAAGCUUCCCGACAUGGAAGUUGUGGGCCUGAACUUCUCCAGCGCAACAACUCCAGAACUUAUCCUCAAAACAUUCGAGCAAUAUUGCGAGUAUCGAAAAACCCCCAAUGGUGUCAUUUUGGCACCUGUGCAGAUUGGUCGAUGGCUGGUUGUAUUCUGCGACGAAAUCAAUCUACCGGCGGCUGACAAAUAUGGCACUCAGCGUGUCAUCUCUUUCAUCCGUCAGCUGGUUGAAAGUGGGGGCUACUGGCGUGCCAGUGAUAUGUGUUGGGUGAAACUUGAACGUAUCCAAUUUGUUGGUGCCUGCAAUCCUCCGACUGAUCCCGGACGAGUUCCCCUCAGUCACCGAUUCUUACGUCAUGCACCAUUAGUCAUGGUGGAUUAUCCUGGUGAAGUGUCCUUAAAGCAAAUCUAUGGCACUUACAAUCGCGCAGCUCUCAAAGUUGUCCCAAAUUUACGCGCGUACGCGGACCCUCUUACCGACGCCAUGGUGGCGUUCUAUUUGGCUUCUCAAAAACGAUUCACCACCGACAUCCAAGCCCACUAUGUGUACAGUCCUCGUGAGCUGACACGAUGGGUACGAGGCAUAUACGAGGCCAUUCGACCUCUGGAAAUACUGUCAGUCGAAGGACUAGUGCGUGUGUGGGCCCAUGAAGCCUUACGGCUGUUCCAAGAUCGUCUAGUCACCGAGGAAGAGCGGCUAUGGACGGAUGAAAAUAUCGAUGCAGCGGCUAUGGAACACUUCCCUACUAUCAACCGCGAAGAAGCUCUGACCCGUCCAAUCCUCUUCUCGAAUUGGACCUCCAAAGAUUAUAUUCCCGUGGAUCGAGAUACACUCCGUGAAUAUACUAAAGCCCGUCUGAGGGUUUUCUACGAAGAAGAGCUCGAUGUCCCUCUCGUCCUGUUCAAUGAUGUGUUGGAUCAUGUUCUCCGUAUCGACCGAGUUUUCCGUCAAAUUCAAGGACAUCUCUUGCUUAUUGGAGUUAGCGGAAGUGGAAAGACUACAUUAUCACGUUUCGUUGCUUGGAUGAAUGGUCUAAGCAUCUUCCAGAUCAAGGUGUCUAACAAGUAUACAGGCGAUGACUUCGACGAAGACCUUCGAGUCGUUCUUCGCCGGGCUGGAUGCAAAGGUGAAAAAAUCUGUUUCAUCAUGGACGAGUCCAAUGUCUUGGAUUCCGGGUUUUUGGAAAGGAUGAACACGCUUCUGGCCAAUGCCGAAGUACCAGGUCUUUUCGAAGGCGAUGAGCAUGCAGCCCUGAUGACCGCUUGCAAAGAAGGAUCCCAACGCGAUGGCCUAAUGCUGGACUCUCAUGAGGAACUGUAUCGUUGGUUUACCCAGCAAGUUGCCCGAAACCUUCACGUCGUGUUUACCAUGAAUCCUCCCGAGAACGGUUUGGCGUCUAGAGCUGCCACCUCUCCCGCCCUGUUCAAUCGUUGCGUCCUGGACUGGUUUGGAGAUUGGUCAGAUCAGGCGUUCUAUCAAGUGGGUAUGGAGUUUACCCACAAUUUGGACCUCGAUCUUUCAACAUAUACACCUCCGGCUCAUUUCCCGAUCGCCUACCGCGGUCUCUCUAUGCCCCCAAUUCAUCGCACCGCGGUUGUAAAUGCCUUGGUCCAUGUACAUUCUUCUCUCCACCAAAUCAAUCAACGCUUGUCCCGCCGUCAAGGUCGAUACAAUUAUGUCACGCCUCGUCAUUAUCUCGACUUCAUUAACCACUAUGUCCGCCUAUACACUGAAAAACGCGACGAACUGGAAGAACAGCAGCGCCACCUCCACGUGGGUCUUGACAAGCUCAGAGAUACCGUCACGCAAGUCGAGGAGCUGCGCAAAAGUCUUGCUAUCAAACGGUCUCAACUUGAGGCUAAAGAUGCGGAAGCCAAUGAAAAGCUUAAACGCAUGGUAUCAGACCAGCAGGAGGCUGAGCAGAAGAAGGCCGCUUCCAUUGAAAUUCAAGCUGCCCUGGUCGAGCAGGAUAAGCACAUCGAGCAACGUCGUGCCAUCGCAACAGCAGAUCUGGCUAAUGCAGAACCUGCGGUGCUUGAUGCGCAGGCCGCCGUCAGUAAUAUCAAGCGGCAGCAUCUACAGGAAGUUCGAACCAUGGCCAAUCCACCGGAAGCCGUCAAGCUGGCGAUGGAAUCCGUUUGCACAAUUCUUGGUCACAAGAUUGACAGCUGGCGUACUGUGCAAGGAAUCAUCCGUCGGGAUGACUUUAUCCAGCGCAUUGUCAACUUUGACACUACUACCCAGAUGACCAAGCAUCUUCGAGAUAUCAUGAAGAGAGAGUUCCUCAGUCGCCCCUCGUACAACUUCGAGACCGUGCAACGUGCCAGUAAAGCAUGCGGUCCCCUAGUCAAGUGGGCUUUGGCCCAGGUUCACUUCUCUGAAAUUCUCGAUCGCGUUGAGCCACUCCGUAAUGAGGUGCAGUCACUAGAGAAACAGGCAGAGACAACGAAAAAGCAGGCCAGCGCAAUUAUUCAGAUGAUUGCAGAGCUGGAGGCGAAGAUUGCGCGAUACAAAGAGGAGUAUGCAUUGUUGAUCAGCGAGACACAGGCCAUCAAGUCAGAGAUGGAGCGGGUACAAAGCAAGGUCGACCGUAGCAUGAAGUUACUGGAGAGCCUGUCGUCGGAACGUGGUCGAUGGGAAGGCGGCAGUCGUGCAUUCGAUGCCGAAAUGUCGACUAUUGUUGGCGAUGUUCUUCUCUCUGCGGCAUUUUUGGCUUACGGAGGAUUUUUUGAUCAACAUUACCGUGAAGUCAUGUGGCAAGAAUGGUCUAACCACCUUACCGACGCUAACAUCAAGUUCAAGCCAGAGCUUUCGCUCACAGAGUAUCUCUCAACUGCAGAUGACCGAUUGAGCUGGCAAUCGAAGGCACUGCCCGCAGACAAUCUCACUACGGAGAAUGCUGUCAUGCUGAAACGCUUCAAUCGUUAUCCUUUGAUCAUAGAUCCUACGGGGCAAGCAACUACUUUCCUCUUGAACGAGUACAAGGAACGGAAGAUCACAGUGACUAGCUUCUUGGACGAAGCAUUCCUCAAAGUCCUGGAAAGCGCCCUUCGAUUCGGAAACCCACUUCUUAUACAAGAUGUGGAACACCUCGAUCCCAUCCUCAACGCCGUUCUUAAUAAGGAAAUUAGGCGCACCGGAGGGCGAGUGCUCAUUCGUCUGGGAAGUCAGGACAUCGAUUUCUCGCCCUCAUUCACCAUGUUUCUGUCGACGCGAGACCCCUCUGUCGAAUUUUCUCCUGACAUCUGCAGUCGCGUCACCUUUGUCAAUUUCACCAUGACUCGUAGCAGUCUCCAAAGUCAAUCCUUGGACCAGGUCCUCAAAGUUGAACGCCCCGAUACAGAACGAAAACGCACUGACUUGAUGAAGAUUCAAGGCGAAUUCCGUCUCCGACUUCGAACACUGGAGAAAUUGCUGCUUCAGGCGCUCAAUGAGUCAUCGGGGAACAUUCUUGACGAUGACAAAAGGCCUGCCGACAUUACCUCCAAGGUCGAAGAGACCGACGUUGUCAUGAAGGAGGUGGAAGAAGUCACUGCAGAAUAUCUGCCUUUGGCGCAAGCUUGCAGUGCAGUUUUCUUCGUAUUGGAGCAGCUAAAUCUUGUCAACCACUUCUACCAAUUCUCGUUGCGCUUUUUCCUUGACAUCUUUGAUUAUAUCCUUCACCACAACCCCAAUCUGAAGAAUGUGACGGAUCAUAGCCAGCGUCGGGAUAUUCUUCUCAACGAUCUUUUCUUAGUGGUGUACAAGAGGACCUCCCGGGCCCUUCUCUACCGUGACCACGUCAUGCUUGCAGUCCUUUUGGCUCAAGUCAAGCUACGAGGCGUAGAAGAAAUUACGGACGAGAUGGAGUUCUUGUUGGAAAGUGCGGACAAUGUUAUCGCUUCAGUCAACGUCAUUACAGGUGCCACUUCAAGCACCAUCCUUUCUGCCGACCAAACAUUGCGCCUGGAAAACUAUGCUAAGCAGUCUAUCUUCAAGCCCGUCCAAAACCAUAUCAUUGAGCACGAAGGCGACUGGUUGCCAUUCUUGCGGUCUCCUGAACCAGAGCUGUCUGUUCCCACUCCCUGGGAACCUAGCACACCGGCCGUGGAAGCCAUUCGAUCCAUGCUGAUCAUCAAAUGUCUGCGACCUGACCGCCUCUUGCAAGCAACUGCUCGAUUUGUCCGCCUUGUAUUCAACACCGAGUUGUCUUCGGAGUCUGAUUAUGACCUUGGUACCAUGGUCAAUGACGAAGUUCCAGCUGCGACGCCGCUUGCAUUGAUUUCUGUCCCCGGAUAUGAUGCCAGUUACCGCGUAGAGAACUUGAUAAAGAACACGGGUGCUCGAUCUUCUUCCGUCGCAAUGGGUUCUCAAGAAGGUUUUGGCCUGGCAGACCAAGCGAUUGCGGCGGCAGCUCGGCAAGGUUCCUGGGUUCUCCUGAAGAAUGUCCAUCUUGCUCCUUCGUGGUUGGGACAGCUGGAGAAGAAACUGCAGACACUAAAUCCAAACCGCAACUUCCGCCUUUUCCUCACGAUGGAAGCCAAUCCAUCCAUCCCAGUCAAUCUUCUACGUCAAUCCCGUUUAAUUAUGAACGAACCUCCUCCGGGUAUCAAAGCCAAUAUCCUCGACUCUCUUCGCAGCAUAUCAUCCUCUCGUUUAUCUCAAGGGCCCGCUGAGAAGAUUCGACUCUAUUUCCUCUUGGCUUGGUUCCAUGCCAUUGUCCAAGAACGCUUGCGCUAUGUUCCUCUUGGUUGGAGUAAAACCUACGACUUCAACGAUUCUGAUAUGUCGUCUGCGUUCACUGUGAUCGACACUUGGCUGUCCAGCGUCUCAAAGGGCCGUACAAACAUUGAUCCCGUUACAAUACCCUGGGAUGCUUUGCGUACAUUAGUCAAACAAUCUGUGUAUGGCGGUCGAGUUGACAGUGACUUCGACCAGAGAAUAUUGGAUUCAUUCGUUGACGGAUUAUUCACCCCGGCUGCGUAUAACGUCGACUUUGAUUUGGUUCCAAGCAUAGGCGGUAGACAGGUUCUAGGUGUUCCUGAUGGCACCAAGAUGGAGCACUUCUUAUCUUGGGCACAGGGAUUACCUGAUCGUGAACCUCCUUCUUGGCUUAGUCUUCCCCCAAGCGCAGAACGUGUGAUUGCUAUUGCUCAAGGAAACGAGCUGCUCGGCAAGCUGAGGAAGAUGCGAAUGCUAGCAGACGAUGAUGAUGAUGUUACUCCCGCUGCGUCAACCAAAUCUCAAACAUCCCAACAACCGGCCUGGAUGCGGUCUCUUCUUGACCGUUGCAAAGAGUGGCUUUCUCAGUUGCCUUCUAAAUUCAAUACUCUUCCUCAGCAAGGCAAUGAUAGCCAAGACCCAUUGUAUCGCCUCUUCUCUAGAGAGGGCGAAAUUGGUCGCCGCUUGUUGACGCAAGUUCGCAGGGAUCUUACUGACGUUGUCAAGGUCUGUCAAGGAGAGUUGAAACAAACCAACCAUUUGCGAAGCCUUAUGAGCUCCUUAACCAAAGCUACUAUUCCCAAUCACUGGCGGCAGUACAAAGUACCCAAGGCAAUGGGUGCCUCUGGAUGGAUUGCUAACUUUGCUCGACGAUUGAAUCAACUUGAUAGUGUCGCUGAGCUUCAGAACCUGAAUGAUGUCGAAGUUUGGCUUGGCGGACUCUUCUUCCCCGAAGCGUAUAUCACGGCAACUCGGCAAGCUGUUGCACACCGGAAAAGAUGGAGCUUAGAAACCCUUAGCUUGCGGCUCGAUAUUGAAAAAGUGAACGACCCCGAGGCGUUUAUUGUUGACGGGCUUGCAUUGGAAGGUGCAUCAUGGGCGACCGACAAACUUGUGCUUAAUGACGGAGAAGUCGUUCGGCUGAAUGCUUCACAAAUUCGCUGGGUCCAGUCGGAUGACUCAAGCAGGCAGAACUUGGUGAACCUGCCGGUAUACCUGAACGGUGACCGUAGCGACGUCAUGUUUACUGUCAAUCUUCCAUUCGAUACUAGUGCAGGUCCUCUCGUUUCGAUGAGAGCAGUAUGCCUGACGGCCAGUGCUUAG